GUGGCGGUGGGCUGCAACUGCACAGGUUGUGACUGUGAGUGUGUGUGUGAGUAGAGAGAGAGAGAGAGAGAGAGAGAGAGAGGAAAAUGGGUGGACGGAAAGUCCCCGUGUGGAAAUCCCCUUGACUUGGGCUUUUUCCUUUUUUUUUUUUUUAAACAACUAUCAUUAGCGGACGUGUGUGCUCCUUUGAAAGGCUUCACAAGCUGCACUGGCUCCAAAAUAGAUUUGAUACUGGAGGAAAGAGAAGGUUGAAUGGCGCCGAGGACCGCUGCGGUGAGGCUGAGUGAAGUGGCUCAGAGAGGACUAGCCUGAGCAUCCGGGAGGGCUUUGUUAUUACCCCCGACAUAUUACACAGUUCCCACGUUGUUUGGUCAGCGGUGGUUGGUGCCUCCUCCUCCUCCUCCUCCUCUCCUCCUCCUCCUCCUCGCUCCUCUUCCUCCCCUCCUUCCAUCCACCUGGCCACUCAUCCGCCAUGUCGCAGGGUCAGAACUUCCUCCCCAAAUUCCUGUUUGUCUCCAACCUGCUGAAGGCGGUGAAGAUCCGUCAGCGAGUGCCCAACGACGUGGUGAAGCCGGCGGCCAGCGGAGGCCUGAUGCACCACCUGCGGGGUAUGCACCGGUACACCCUGGAGAUGAUCGCCAUGAACAACUUCCCGCAGGCCUUCAGGGAGGUGGUGCAGGCCGCCAUCCUGGAUCGAGCCAUGCAGGCCUCGUUGGAGCAGGAGAAGAAGCUCAACUGGUGUCGGGAGGUGAAGAAGAUGGUGCCAUUACGUACCAAUGGAGAUGGGAACUGUUUGCUCCAUGCGGCCUCUCAGUACAUGCUGGGCGUUCAGGACACAGACCUGGUGCUUCGGAAAGCCCUCCAUGGUGUUUUGAAAGAGACGGACACCGGCGUCUUUAGAGCUCGCUUCCAGGCAGAGCUGGUCCAGUCCCAGGAGUUCACCCAGACCGGACUCAGAUACACCACCAUGAACUGGGAGGAGGAGUGGGAAAAGAUUGUGAAGAUGGCGUCUCCGGUCUCCAGUAGCAACGGCCUCCAGUUUGACUCCCUGGAGGACAUUCACAUCUUUGUCCUCUCCAACAUUCUCCGCAGACCCAUCAUCGUCAUCGCAGACCAGGUGGUCAGGAGUAUGAAAUCUGGCUCCUCCAUCUCUCCUCUGAAUGUGGGUGGGAUUUAUCUGCCGCUACACUGGCCGCCCACAGAGUGCUACAAAUACCCGAUCGUGCUCGGCUACGACUCCCAGCACUUUGCACCCCUCAUCACCAUCAAAGACAGCGGUCCAGAGAUCCGAGCGGUACCGCUGAUCAACCCGGGACGAGGGGGCUUCGAGGAGCUGAAGGUUCACUUCCUGAUGGAGAAAGAACAGCAGCAGAAAGAGAGGCUUCUCAAAGACUACCUGCUACUGAUAGAGAUCCCCGUGAUAGGCUUGGGCUACGACGCCACACGGAUCAUCAAUGCUGCACGGCUUGAUGAGGGCAACCUCCCUGAGGACAUGAACCUGAUGGAGGACUACCUGCAGCUUGUAAACCACGAGUACCAGCGCUGGCAGGAGGACAAGGAGCAGGCAUGGGCCGCCCAGCCGCAGCGCCCACCACCCUUCUCCGUCUCCCAGCUCUCCCUCAUCGAGAUCCGCUGUGCCACACCACGAUGCACCUUCUAUGUCUCUGUGGACACGCAGCCUCAUUGCCAUGAAUGCUUUGAGAAGCGGCAGGCUACUACCGGUAGUGGAACGAGGAUAGAAGGGGUGGUGCAGACCAAGGGAGGAGGGGUGCAAGGUGGGGUAGGAGUCAUUGGGGGUUCAGAGACUGAAGUGAGCUCCAGAGCAACCCGAAGCAGCAGCCCCCCAUCCUCCUCGUCUGGGAGAGGGGUGGUGAUAUCCAGCCCUCGCUCAGCCCCACCCACCGCUCCCAGCCUCAGCCUGUACAGUGAAACACACGCCAUGAAGUGCAAGACACGCGGCUGCCUCUUCACCCUCAGCGUGGAGCAUGAUGGACUUUGUGAGCGCUGCUUCAACUCCAGGCAGAACCACGGACCUCCUGGUGUUGGAACAGCCGCUCCAGGACUCCCAGGCCCCAAUGGGGGGCCUACAGUUCCCCACCCGGUCCAGGGCUCGGGCUGGACCCAGUGGGGGGGCUGCGAGACAGAGACAGAGCGCUGCAGCAUGUGCAGACAGGAGGCGUUCAGGAUAUUCAAUGGCCUGUGUCCACCCUGCAUGCAGAGACAGCAGGCUCCAGAGAGGGGAGAGCCACAGCAGAACAACCCCAGGACUGAGGCCUCAUCUUCAGCUUGGACCCAGGCCAGGGACGCUGAGCGGCCAUGCCUCACGCUAACCCCAGGGCACACCUCAGCCUGGCAAGCCCCUCUGGCGCGGCCUUGUAAAAGGUCUGGCUGCCAGUUCUUUGGGACGCCGGAGAAGUUGGGUUUCUGCACUAUUUGCUACGUAGACUAUCGGACCAACCACCACCUGACCCCUCCCCCCGCCCCGGUCCAGAGCCGGCAUGGUGUGGAGGCAGGCUUCCAGAACGCCUCACGGUGUCGUGGGCCUGGGUGUGGUGCAGUUGGCAAGGCGAUGCUGGAGGGCUACUGCGACAAGUGCUACGUCAAAGAGCAAAGCACACGGCUCAAACAAGUGGCACCUCGCACACCACACUCCCCUCCUCUGGUCAUGCGUGACCGAGCAGCCAAACCCAGAUCUUCGCAGCAAUCCCAGACCCAGACCCAGACUCAGACUCAGUGCCGGCGGAGUGGCUGCAGUAAUGUGUCCCCGGGUUGCACAGACCUCUGCCCAGAGUGCCACACGCGUGGCCAGGGCAGAGAGGCGGGCAGGCGGGCGCAGGCGCCCAAGGAAAAGUCCAAGCAGCGGUGCAGGACGCAGGGCUGUGACCACUACGCCAACCAAGAGAAACAGGGCUACUGCAACGAGUGUGACCACUUCAAACAGAUUUACCGCGGCUGACCACAUUCGCACCCACGCACGCAACGACAGUGAUGACACAUCGCUAGCACGCUAGAGCCGCUGCCCUGCUGUGGGCGCCCCAUGCCAGUCAAUGCAUCUCUGAUACUAACUAACCAACUAACUAACUAGCUAGUGACUAACUAGUAACCUUAUGGCCUGAAAAUCAAACCCCCCAUGUAGAAUGUGAAGAGAGAGUGUGUGUACGUGGGGGGGGGGUUGAGUGUGUGUGUGUUCGCAGUAGACAUGGCCUCCAGAAUACCUCUUUGUGCAAUUAUUAUCAUCUGACGUGCCCUGUGCACUUAACACGGUGAGAGGUUUGGCUACAUGUCAGAGCAACUGACUUAACUCUUGUGUACAAUAUGUAUUUAGAGGUACGUAGUGAAUCGUGCCGGACAAAAUGAUUGUAUGUUGACAUAACGAGAAGCAUCUGACAUUGCUUUCUAGACCACAGCCAAGGACUUAUACCCCCCAGUCUGUCUGUCUGUCUUAACCCAUCUGUGUAUCUGUCUGCCUGUCUGUCUAGCAUUUGCUCUGUAGAAUGAGGGAUGCAGUAGCUGGGAAAGCCCAGCAACGAAUCAGUGGAAGUAGUAAGCAGAAGUGAGCCAAACUGGGCCAAAGCCAACUAAAUUCAGCGGUAUGCGUUGUUUAGCUUAGUUCUCCAAAAACACUCACGUAUGUCCUCCCAAAAUAGACAAAGAUUUGCCAAGAAAGGCUCUUGCAAUCAAUAUUGUACAAUGAUCAAGGAUUAAUUUUCUUCCAUUAGUCAGUCAGUAGAAGUGCUAGUUUAUAUUUUGAGGCAAAUUAACUUUGGUAUUGUCGCUCAUCUGUUUUAAAAAGUUAAAAUUGUGAAUUUCUUGAUAUGGAAAGUGAGAACAGACCAUGUGUCUAAGACAGACAGGGCAGGCCCCUGCUAGUUUUGGUGCUACAUGUACAGAAAUACAAGCCUCUCCAUUGUAGCCAACAUGCUGGCGGUGUCAGCGGACAGAAGGCAGAGAACACAGCAGAGACAGGACUCAUUCUCUUUCUAUUCCUCCUGUCCUUCCUCUUAUCCCCCCCCCCCCCCCCCCCCCUUCUCCUCCAAAACAGAUCUGUUGCCUUGGACGUUGUUUUCCUGUUUACUGACCACUUAAGCACCUAGAAAUGCAUAGACACAUACCAACACAUGCGCACACAGACGUAGUAGCUCCAGUCCUGUCAGAAGGGGAUUGCCGACUAUAAAGUGAACUGAGAACAUAAUGAAGGGCGAAGUCAGGAUGAUUAUCCACCUUACAACCACAUACACACAUUUGCACACACAUGCACAUGCAAACACAGCUCUGUGAGAUUGUAUGCGCCCCACCCCAGCCUGAGGUGGUAUGUAGGUAAAUAAACCCAUAGAGAAAUGCAUUCCUCUCUGCUCCACCCCACUGGAUGUGCCAAGGCGACAAUUUCAAACCUUCAGAGAGCAAUCCCAUUGCCUGCUUUGGCUAAUCUUGUUUAUCUGAAUGUGUUUUGUGCUGCUGCUACAACAGCACAGUAUUGGGGCUGAUCCUCGAUAAGUUUUGCCUUUAAGUAGUGAUUGAAAUUUUAUGGACCAGAGGAGCCUGAUCAGUGAUCCUGGAUCAGUGCUCCCACCUAUAAAAUGCUUUUGUGAAUAUGGAUCUUGGUCCAUAUUGUAGGACCUUCCAACCCGAUGCCUCAUCUCCAACACACACACACAUGCGCACACACACACAAACACACAUAAAAACGCACGCAUGUGUGCGUCUGGAAUACGCAAAACUGACAUUCCUGUUUUGUUUUUCUUUGUUUUGGGGAUUUUUUAAUGUAUUUUGAUAUAUUUGGUUUUGUUCUGCCAAAAAAGAAAAAAAAAAUACAUGUGCCAUCAAUCGCCAAACAGUUGUUGUUACCUCCUUAAAAAUGGCCAGCCUGUACCACUCUAAACUAACCAGAGCGCCACAGAUAGACAUCUCCAAUUUUGUGUAACCACAGACUAGAGCUUAUCGAGCUCUCUCAUGGUGAAAAUCCCCAAACGGACACUGUCUUUUCAUGAGUGUCUAUUUUAUCCAAAUACGGAGAAAUGUUCAUCUACAGAGAUAACCUCAGUCGUAAAACAUUUUAUCAAAGGAACUCAAAUGUGAUAUUAACUGGAACAGUUAUUCCCCUCAUACUUCUGCUGAAGAACUGCUGUAGGCAGAUGUCCAUCUGUGGCUCUGGUUAGAGACGCAUAGACAAACAGGCUCUCGGUCUGCCUUUUCAUUCAACUGUAUCUAAAGCUGUCGGGCCAGCCCACGUGUUGACGGCCUGUACGUAGAUCUCUGUGUGCUUUAAUCACCUCUAGACAAACCUUAAUCAAUUAAAGGCCAAUUAGUGGUCAGCUCAUCGGGACCCCUUGACAAGGUUUCGGGGCUCUGACUGAGUUUGACUGGGAGGAGAUCACAUAAGUUGCACAUGACUUGUCUAAGCUGCUGAGGCAUUUAGGAAUGGUACUCCGACUUGCUUAGGGACAUUCCAACAGUAGGGAGAGCAUCCGCGUGAGAGCAGAAGGUGUAACAAAACAUGCAAACUGUGUGGAAGUUUCUUUGUGUGACCUUUCGACAAUAGGGUAUUGUAUGAAAAAAAGCCUGGUUUUAUUUGUUAAGUAUUUAUUCAUAUCAAGAUAUCUGUAUUGUGUGAUUCAAUAAUUAUUUAUAUGUCGUCCUAUGAAAUGAAUUAUUUUUAUUAAGAAAUCUGAA